AUGGUUCGGGUUCGCUGGGUUUCUGGGAAAGACCUGGCCAGAAUACCCGACGGGGAGCUGACCGAUGUUGAGUCCUUGAAGAAGCAUCUUCGUGUGGAGACUGGUGUUCCCAGGUGCCUCCAACAGCUCGUUCAUGAAGGUCGAAAAUUGGAUGAUACGGAGGAGAUAGGAGAAGGCAUGGAGGUUCAGUUGAUCCUGCACUUGUCAUGUGUCGAAUCAGUUGGACAUGAGCUGCAAGAUGCGGCUGCGAAUGGUCAUGACGAGGCUGUGCGCUUGCUGUUGGACGCCGGCUUGGAUGCGAACUUCACCGUUGAAACUGAUGGCCAAACAGCUCUCAUGUUAGCAUCUGGCAACGGCCAUGAAGAGGUGGUGCGCUUGCUGCUGGAAGCUGGAGCGGCCAAGGAUUUGAUGUCCCCGAAAAGGCACGGUCACACGGCUCUCAUGUUGGCCUCUGCCGCAGGCCAUGCUGGAGUAGUGCGUUUGCUGAUGCAAUCGGCCGCAGACUCGACGUUGAGGGGCAGGCACGGCCACACGGCCCUCAUGUUGGCAGCUCUCUCAGGUCACGCCGAGGUGCUCCGAUUGCUAUUGGAACACGAUCAUGCCAAGGACUUGCAGGACGUCUUCGGGCAAUCAGCGCUGAUGUCAGCAUCUCAAUCAGGCCACACUGCAGCGGUGGGUUUGCUACUGGAAGCUGGUGUAGCCAAGAACUUGAGGAAUAACAUGGGUAGGAACACGGCCCUCAUGCUCGCAUCUUCUGCGGGCCAUGCUGGGGUGGUACACCUGCUUUUGAAGGCCGGUGCAGACCCGUGUCUGGUGGAUGACACAGGAAUAUCGGCCCUUCUGUUGGCAUCCUGGGGUGGCCACGGUGAGGUGGUGCGCUUGCUGGAAGCGGACAGCAGGAAAAGGCAGCUUUCAUGUUGGCAAAUACAGGAUGCGAUUCAGCGUUGCUGCAUGUGCUGGAGCCAGUGGAAGGAACUUGCCACACGAGGAUGGCUUGUGGGAGCCUGA